GGCCACUGUAAUCUCCAAGUGUCUUUCAUCUUUUGAGCAAUAGACAUGUAGAUUGAUAACAGGGCUGUUCAAUACAACUUAAGAGACUGACUCCAUCCGUGGGCGUUUAAUCGUGUGAUUCAUCUUUCCUGUGUUCCACCAUGGUGGUUUUCUACGACGAGAUCCCAGAAUCCCUCGUUGAAUGGAUUAAGAAACAACGCAUGUUUUGGGUUGCUACGGCUCCCAUGAAUGUGCAUGGGCACGUCAACCUCUCGCCGAAAGGUGGGGAGAAUACCUUCCAUGUAGUGGAUUCCAGGAAGGUCUAUUACGAAGACCUAACGGGUAGCGGUGUCGAAACCAUCUCGCAUCUUCGUGAGAAUGGGCGUAUCACAAUAUUAUUCAGUGCAUUUGACGGACCACCAAGGAUCGUGCGUCUGUGGGGCAUCGGUACCGUGUGCGAAUAUGGAACCCCUGAAUACAGUACCCUUAUCCCACAAGCAACUCGCCAGCCCGGAUCGCGGGCCGCUAUAGUCAUUGAUGUAUUCAAGGUCAGCUCGUCCUGCGGCUUUGCUGUUCCACUGUACAACUUCGUGGCACACCGUACUCGGCUUCACAGGUUCAGCGACGGGAGGGAACGCGUUGACAGAGCCCAUGCUUUGCCUGCUGAUUCGGAGGACGUCGAUGCCAAGCAGAUCAAUGUCCCUCCCAAUUCACUCCGCGAGUAUUGGCUCAAGAACAAUAUGAGUUCUCUUGAUGGCCUUCCUGGACUACUUACGGCACCGGACGCCAUAGCGCGCAUUGUCCCGCGUAACAAUUUUCAGAAGACCCCCAUGCUGACGUUGCAUGAUACUAGUAGGACCUCUAAUAAAGACGGCCACGGCAUUGUCCAGCACCCCGAAAAGGUGUUCGUCUUGGGAUUCUUCCUGGGUGCUUUCACUGUCAUUACAAUCACCAGAAUCCUUGGUAAACUGGAGCUGCCUUUUAGUCUCUGAAUACAUGGUUGUGCUGGUAGUUAUGU